AUGGGCGGCGGCCACCCGUCGCGAGCGCCGCCGGCGUCGUACCAGCAGCAGCACCAGCACCAGCAGCAGCAGUUCCACCAGCAGCAGCAGCACCCCGAGCCGCAAGGCGGCAUCCCGCAGCCGCCGCACACGGCCGGGCAGCGCAUCGCGCCCAAGCAGCGCAUCCGCAUCGACCCGGACCACAUCCCGUCGCCCGUCGCCGUCCAGGACGCCGACCAGGAGCUGUACCGCGUCGAGCCGUACCUCACGUGCUCGCGCACGCCCGCACCGCUCGCCACGACCGACUACAUCGCCGUCGACCAGGGCAACUGCAACCCGCGCUUCAUGCGCAUGACGACCUACAACCUCCCCGCGACCGACGACCUCGCGACGGCGGCCCAGAUCCCGCUCGGCCUCGUCGUGCAGCCGUUUGCGGCCCUGCGGCCCGAGGAGGGCUCGAUCCCGGUCGUCGACUUUGGCGAGAUGGGCCCGCCGAGGUGCGACCGCUGCCGGGGCUACAUCAACCCGUGGUGCGUCUUUGUCGAGGGCGGGCAAAAGUUUGUCUGCAACUUGUGCGGCGGGUCGUCCGAGGUCGCACCCGAGUACUUUUCACACCUCGACAUGUCGCAGCGGCGCAUGGACCUCGACGACCGCCCCGAGCUGCGGUCGGGCUCGGUCGACUUUGUCGUCAACCGCGACUACUGGGUGCAGGACAACCCGAACGUGCCCGGGUCGCAGCCGCGCGAGCCGAGCGCGCUCCACUACGUGUUCGCGAUCGACGUCAGCUGGACGAGCGUGCGGUGCGGCCUCGUCGCCGAGGUGUGCCGCCACCUGCGCGAGCUCCUGUUCCCGCCCCCGGCCGACAAGGAGCCCGACGAGAACGGCCUCAUCGAGAAGACGGGCUUGCCCGAGGGUGCAAAGGUCGCCAUCAUGACGUUUGACCGCACCGUCAACUUCUUCAACCUCAAGCCCGGCCUCGAGCAGGCGCAGAUGCUCGUCGUGCCCGACAUCACCGACAUGUUCCUCCCGCUCCUCGACGGCUUCCUCGUCGACCCGAUCGAGUCGCAGUCGGUCAUCGAGGGCCUCCUCGACAGCCUUCCGGCGCUCACGGCCGACACGGCCAUCGUCGAGGCGGCCAUGACGGGCCCGCUCAAGGCGUCCAUGAUGGCUCUCAAGAACCUCGGCGGCCUGCUCACCAUCUUCCAGACGUCGCUGCCGACGAUCGGCCUCGGCGCGCUCAAGCACCGCGAGGACAGCAAGCUGUACGGCACCGACAAGGAGAAGACGCUCUUUGUGCCCCAGGACCCGUUCUACCGCAUGGCGGCCGAGGAGUGCGUCGAGAGCGGCAUCGGCAUCAACCUGUUCCUGUUCCCGAGCCAGUACAUCGACGCGGCGACCCUCGGUGCGCUCCCGGGCUUGACCGGCGGCGACCUCUUCUUCCACCCUCGGUUCGACCCCGUGCGAGACGGCAAGGUGCUCCGAGCCGAGCUCAGCAAGGUCCUGCAGCGCGAGACGGCCUACAGCGUCACGAUGCGCGUCCGGUGCUCGAACGGUCUCCGCAUCGCCGACCACUUUGGCAACUUCUUCCAGCGCAACGUGACCGACCUCGAGUUCGGCACGCUCGACGCCGACAAGGCCAUCGCGGCCAAGCUCAAGCACGAGGGCAAGCUCGACGACAAGGUCGACGCCUACUUCCAGUGCGCGUCGCUGUACACGAGCGCGACUGGCGAGCGCCGGGUCCGGGUCCACAACCUCGCCGUGCCCGUCUCGAGCUUGAUCAGCAGCGUGUUCAGGGCCGCCGACAUGGACACGACGAUCGCCUUCUUCACCAAGGAGUCGAUCACGGUGGCGGCGGGCAAGACGCUGCGCCAAGUGCGCGAGUCGUUGAGCGACUCGUGCGCAAAGGCGCUCCUCGCGUACCGCAAGCACUGCGCGUCGUCGACGUCGCCGGCGCAGCUCAUCCUGCCCGAGUCGUUCAAGCUCUUCCCCCUGUACGCGCUCGCCCUCAUGAAGACCAAGGCGCUCAAGGGCGGCGUCGUCGCGUCCGACGUGCGCACGUGGGCCAUGCGGCAGCUCAAGAGCGCCGGCGUGCCCGCGACGGUGCGCAUGCUGUACCCGCGCAUGCUCGCCGUGCACCAGUUUGCCGACGAGGUCGGGUUCCCGGACGAGCGCGGGCAGCUCAUCCUCCCGCCCUUGAUGCGCACGAGCUACUCGCGCAUGGAGCCGCACGGCGCGUACCUCGUCGAGAACGGCGAGAAGGCGUUCCUGUGGCUCGGCGCGAGCGUGUCACCCCAGGUCCUGCAGGACCUGUACGGCGUCGAGAACCUCGACGAGCUCGACACGCGCAUGUCGGUCCUGCCCAACCUCCCGACCCGGCUCUCGGCCCAGCUGCGCAACAUCAUCACUUACUUUGAGUCGCGGUACGGCAUCGGGUGCCUGCCCGUCCUCAUUGCGCGGCAAAACAUCGACGGCACCGAGUUCGAGUUCUCCAACAUGCUCGUCGAGGACUCGAACAACGAGCAGCUGUCGUACAUCGACUUCUUGUGCCUCACCCACCAGCAAAUUCAGGCGACGCUCAUGGGCGAGAGCAAGAAGCAGGAUGCGACCGACUCGAGCUCGUGGACGACGUGGUGAGCGCAGUCGGCUCGAGCGUGUGUGGGCUCGGCAGCAGGGAGUGUAGACAGUUUCGGUGAGAGGGAGGAGCUGGACGCUGUGCAACGGGCAUGGACACUCUCCUCGUCGGC